AUGGCAAUGACACCCCCCGUAAUCAUCGUCGGUUCCGGCCUAGCCGGCCUCUCCGCCGCCAGCACCCUCAUCACGCACAACAUCCCGGUGCAGAUGCUCGACCGCGCCCCCAAACCAGGCGGCAACUCCAUCAAAGCCUCCUCGGGCAUCAACGGCGCCGGAACACGAUUCCAACCCACCCAAGCCGACACCGCGGAGAUCUUCCUCCAGGACACGAUCAAGUCCGCCGGCCUCGUGUUCACCCAGGCAAGUAGCGACGAGCGCGCGCGGCGGGAGAAGCUGAUUUCCACGCUUGCGCAUUGCUCCGCAGACGCGGUGAACUGGCUCGUUGAUGAGAAGGGCGUUGAGCUGAGUAAAGUCGCGCAGUUGGGCGGGCACACGUACCCGCGGACGCAUCGCGGUGCGGGGCGGGACCCGCCUGGUUUCUCGAUUGUGAGGGCGUUACUGGAGGGGUUGAAGGGGCAGGAUCUGUUUACGCUGUGGAGCGGGGCGAGGGUUACCAAGGUGGUGAGGGAGGGGGAGAGCGUCAAGGGGGUGGAGUAUGUCACUAUGGAGGGUGAAGGGGAACGGCAAGGCCAGGGGCUGGCGCACACGCUCCAUGGACCCGUCAUCUUUGCGACGGGCGGGUUUGCGGGGGACUCCAGGGGCAUGCUGGCGAGGUACCGGUCCGAUCUGGCGAACUUGCCGUCGACGAAUGAGGCAAGGGAAGGCACGCAGCCGAUUCUCGAGGCGGUGGGUGCGUCGGUGGUCGACAUGGACUGCGUGCAGGUUCAUCCGACUGGAUUCGUGGACUCCAAGGAUCCGGCUGCGUUGGUCAAGAUCCUGGCGGCGGAGAUGCUCCGCGGUGAGGGCGGGAUUCUGCUCAAUGGCGAUGGAAGCCGGUUCGUGAAUGAGCUGGAUACCCGUCAACGUGUCGUGGACGCAAUCAUGCAGUCGACUUGUCCGAUGGAGACAUCUACGCGCCAGUGGGAUGUCACGCUUGUACUUGAUGAAAGUGCCGCAGCCGCAGCGGGCUCCCAUAUGGACUUUUACGUCUGGAAAGGACUCAUGCAGAAGACAACAGUUGGCGAGCUUGGAUUGGCGGCGCUGAAGACCAUCCAGCAGUAUGCAGAUGCUGUGUCCGGCAAGAAAGAGGAUCCCUUCGGCCGCAAGUCCUUUGGCCGUUGGACAUUGACUGAAGUAAUGCCGGAGACUGUGGUCUAUGCCGGACAGGUGACGCCUGUUGUUCACUUUACCAUGGGAGGAGUGAUGAUUGAUGAGCAUAGCAGGGUGCUAGGAGCAAAUGGAAUACCGAUGGAGGGGCUUUGGGCUGCAGGGGAGGUGACCGGCGGCGUCCAUGGCCAGAAUCGUCUGGGAGGCUCGUCUCUUCUGGAGUGCGUGGUUUUCGGACGUAUCGCAGGGAACGAGGCGGCAGAAUGGCACAAGAAACACUAUCCCGGCGGUUCCUCGGGUUGA